AUGACACCAAUGAGAGGCAAUUAUUUCUACAACAAUGAAAUAUUAGCGGACUUUCAAGCUCGGUCGAAAGCCACGUUAAAGGGAAAAGAAUUCGUAGCCGCAGACCUUCCAAAGCAGAUUGGCAUGCCAACCAUCAAACCAAAAUCAAACACUGGAAAGUACUUUGUAGAAUUCGCGAGCUCUUCAACUCUACACGGUCUAAAUCAUUUGGUAACACCGAAUAGACAUCCUCUUGAGAUCUUACUAGCACUACUGUUCAUUAUCGGAGCCCUGGUCUGUCUCAUUCUGUUGUCGUUUAUUUUUUGGGACCGAUAUCAAAAUAACGCCACAGUGAUCGUGGUAGACAACAAUCAAGAGCAAUUUAAAAUAUCAAAGCCAGCUCUAUUUAUUUGUCCAUUACCAAACGUGGAAUAUAAAAAGUUUCCAUAUGUAUUCAAAAAAUAUAACAUUGAACAUACACCGGAAGCGGAAAAGUUCUUCACAUUUCUUAGUAGCGCCACAUACGAAAAUAUGACGGAGACACCUUUGUUUGACAAAGUUCCAGCAGAUAAAUGGUUGGAAAUUCUUUACGAUUUGCGACAGCAUGUUCCUAAUAACAUAUUGAAAGAGAACGAUCCUUACGAGGGCUGGAUAACAACAGAAAGGGGCAUCUGUUUUUCAACCAGAAGUGUCGUUGCAGUUUAUGCUACGUUAGAUUAUUGGAGAAGUAAUAAUUGGACUACGAUUCCGGUGCCAGACGAAUUGCCCUAUUAUAAUGUCGAUGGUGUACAAGAAAACUUCGGUAUAAACUGCAGUGCUCUGAUAGGCGUGUGUGAUCCCUCUGAAUUAAUCGUGUACGACACACCUAUGAAAUUGGCGAAAUCAAGAACGAUGCAACAAGGGAUCAUAUCGAUAUCUGAGAUUAAAACAACGCCAAACGUUGAAGAGCUUCGUAUUCAACAAAGAAAGUGUAAAUUUCUUCACGACGGUGGCUUAGAAACAUGGCCAAUUUAUACUAGAAACAUGUGCAUAACGGAAUGUAGAAUGAAAGUGAUACAAAAUCAUUGCAACUGUCGUCCACACUUUGCCAGGCCUAUAGACGGAAUAAAUACGUGCAAUGUAACGCAGCUUCGAUGCAUCGGCCGUAUAACGAAUCUUCUUUUCCUCUACGAGUAUCCACCCCCUGUUUGUAACUGCGUCCCAAAAUGCAACGUCGUUACUUAUCAAGUUGGAAUUACCGAAAAUGCCGAAUUCUACGAUACACCGGUGAAUUUAUCCGUCAUGAACUUAAUCGUCGAAUUUCCACAAGUGAUCUAUUAUCGAACGAUGUUAUAUGGAUUUACCGAUUUUCUAACUAGCGUUGGAGGAGCUGCAGGGUUGUUUCUUGGAGCCAGUGUGUUAUCUUUCGUUGAAAUAUUUUAUUACUGUAGCUUGCAUGUAUGCUUUUACAUAAAACGGAACAAACAGAAACAGAAGCAGAAGCAGAAGCAGAAGACAAAUGUGACGAUCAAUUAA